AUGCAGAGCUUUACAAAAAACACGGCGCGGACGCUGGAAGACUUGCGUCAUUUUUACCAGGAACGCGCCGAAAUUGAACAAGAGUACUCGAAGCGUUUGAGCAAGCUUGCGAAGACCCCGCUGGGAAAGCACGAGACGGGGCCCAUGCGUACAGCACUCGAGAAGACGCGCAUAGAGACCGAAGCGAUGGCACGAUCCCAUGCACAGCUUGCACACUCGGUCAAGGCAGAGAUUGAGCAGCCGCUCUCGGAACUGAUGGCGAGCACGGAAAAUGUGCGGCGCCCCGCACAGGUCGCCGUGACCAAGCUGUAUAAACACAAGCAGAUGCAGGUACAGUGUGUCCAGCGCGCGCGCGAGAAGUACGAGCAAGACUGUGCUAAGAUCAAUGCGUACACUGCACAGAGUAAUUUGGUCCAAGGCCGUGAACUGGACAAGCUCAUGGCCAAGCUCGAGCGCGUCCAGACCACCGUUGGCAGCAACGAUAAGGACUAUCACAGCUACGUACGCGCUCUGCAGGACACGACGUACAAGUGGAAUGCCGAGUGGAAGAGCUACUUGGAUAUCUGCCAGGAUGUGGAAGAAGAACGCCAAGAAUUCCUCAAGACCAACUUGUGGAGCUUUGCCAACGCCAUUUCCAGCGUGUGUGUUACGGACGAUGAGGCAUGUGAGCGCACGCGCGUGUCCCUGGAGGGCUGUGAAUCCUCGCAGGACGUGCAAAAUUUUGUGCGCGAGUUUGGUACCGGCGCCAAUAUUCCAGCGCCGCCAGAGUACAUUAACUACGCGCAAGGACAAGCGCCACUGGAGCCGCACGAUUCGCAAGCGCAGUUUAACCGCCUCUCUACGCGCAUCUCCGAUGUCCCCCCCACACUGAAUGCAGGCACGCCAAUGUUGAGCACCGGCUCGCCACUUACGUUCGGUGGCCACACGCCGGCUAUGGAUGGCACACCGCGCACUUCGAUGGAACGCACGCCUGUAAUGGACCGUCCAUUAUCGCGUGUCCCUGUGGGUCGUACGCCGCCGCCGCCGCAAAUCCCCCAGUCUGUUUUGCCCACAUCCCGCACACCGCCGCCGUCGACAAGCAACAGGAGCAGCAUGUUUUCUCCAGGCGCACCGCCGCUUUCGCGCGCGCCGCCAGAACAAUAUCAGCAAAACACGCGCAGUGCAGCGCACUCGCGUGGUAACAGCUUUGGCAUCGGCGCAGGUGCCGGCAUCGCUGCAGGUGCCGGCAUUGCCGCUGGCACAGGCCUAUACACGGAACAGCAAGCCCGCAACCAGAGCGCGGCAGAGGACGAAGAUCCUAUCGCCAAAGCCCUUGCAAGUCUGCGCAUGCAUCAAAGUCGCAAAUCGCCUGCACCGGGCAGCAGGCCUUCGAGCAUGCUGCAGAGUGUCCACGCACCGAUGCAGGAGGCCUCGCAGCCUAAGGAAGCCUCACCGCCUGCGCCCGUCGCAAAAGAGUUUCCUCGGAACAGCGGCAUUUAUGGCCAGGCGCCAGAGCCAGCGAAUUUUUUGGCACAGACGCAAGCGCGCCAGCAGCCGUACAUGGACCCCCGCCUGCAGAAUCGCCCUGUGUCGCCGGCGGCUGCAUUCAUGGCGCCACCUGAACGUGGGGUUUCGCCAAUCCCUGUCGAGCAAGUGAUGAGCAAGUACGGUCAAUCUUUCCCCACAGAGCGCCGCUCGCCGGGCCCGUCGCCGGUGAAGCAAACGUUUGCAGAGCAAUCAAUGCAAGGAAUUGCUUUGGACGCGCGGGGCCAUGUGGCCCAGUACGACACGCCACAAGGCUAUGCAAACCCGGGAGCUCAAAUGGCCCACCCCGAACCGAAUGUUGCCCCGGCGGGCCGUCCGCCGACAGGACAAUACAGUGAAAGGGGGGAGCCUAUCCUGUUCUACGUGAAAGCGUUGUACGACUAUGUCGCAUCCAUGCCCGAAGAAUUUAGCUUCACAGCGGGCGAUAUUAUCGCUGUUACGCGCACGGAGCCUGACGGUUGGUGGCAGGGCGAGCUGCUGGAUGAGGCGCGCAGAGUUCAUGGCGCUAAUACAUUCCCUAGCAACUUUGUCGUGCUUCUUAUGUAG